AUGCAGUUCUCCAUCUUCUCCAUCGUCGCCUUCGCCGUCGUCGCGGCACAGGCCACGGCAGUUCUCCCUGUCUCCGAGGAGCUUUGCAGCGACACCAAGCGCAAGGGAUGCACAGCCAGCUCCGACUUGCUUAACCGCUGCCUCAAAUAUGGGGGUCAGGAGGUUUGCGUCAUCGACUGCGGGUCCCAGACCAAUUGCCGCAAGGAGUGCCAGAAGCAGCUGAAUACCGAGAAAGCCAAUGGCUUCUGCACCCUUGGAGACAACCCAUGCAUCUGCAACAUGAACGGCGCAGCCAACAGCGCCGCGUAG